AUGACAGAUGUGAAAGUCAGUAGACACUACAGCACAGAUCACCCUCAAGUUACGACUUCAAAUAAAGACGUGUAUUUGGCACUAAAGAACAUAGGUGAACAGUGUUCCGAUAUAGAAUCAGAUACAACAAAUUGGGAACUAUCAUCUGAAGAUGAAUCGGAUUAUAUUCAAAGUGAGACAGCUGAUGUUGAAGAUAGCGAUGAAGAGGCGAUCACCAACGAUGAAAAUGAAGGCGUCAUCAAUGUGUCCAGGAAAAGGUGUAGGGUGCUAAGUAGUUCAGACUCUGAUGAAGAAACUGAUAACACCUUUCAAAAGACCGAAACAGCUGCCGAUGGUACUGUGUGGUUAAAAUUUGACGAAGGUGGAAUUCCUGGAAGGUUACCAUCUACUUGUGUUUUCAAGGGUGUGAAAGGUCCAUCAGGCUACGCAAAAAGGAACAUUAUGGCAGAUAAUCUUGUCAGUGCAUUCUCGUUGAUAAUAGAUAACUAUAUUAUCGAACAUAUAAAAAACUGCACAGAAGAAGAAGGCCGCCGAAUUUUGGGGAACGAUUGGACAACAACAUUACCGGAAAUCCGUGCAUUUAUUGGGAUUUUAUAUGCUCGUGGAGCCUACGAGGCAAAAAAUUUAAAACUGAGUUAUUUAUGGUCAGCAAAGUGGGGUCCCGAAUUUUUCAGAAGAACUAUGACCAGAGAUAAGUUCAAGCAAAUCCUAAUACGAUUUAUUCGUUUUGACAAAAAAAACGAAAGAAGUAAACGUCUCCAAACAAAUAAAUUUGCCUUGGUUUCGGAAAUAUGA